CCCCAAACUUUAACCUCUCACUUCUCCCCACACCCCUGGUUUCAAGGUCCCCAUGGGGGUCCCUUCCCUCCAACCCACUCAUUUCUUGCCCCCCCCUCCCCCCCCCCAGAGGUGGUGGUGCUGAGCUCUGCAGCCGCCAUCCGUGAGGCGUUGGCACGGCGCUGGGGGGACUUCGUGGGACGCCCCCACAGUUACCUGGCGUCCUUGGUAUCACGGGGGGGGCAGGACCUGGCGCUGGGGGAUGCAUCCCCAGAGUGGCGACGGCAGCGGGGGGCAACACGAGGAGCACUGGCGCGGGCUGUGAGACACCUGGAGCCCCUCCUGGAGCUGCAGGGCUGGGCGCUGUGCCAGGAGCUGAGCUCUUACGGGGCUGCCCCAGUGGACCUCUUUGAGGCAUUCGCGUUCCACACCUGCAGCACCAUCUGCCGCCUCGCCUUCGGGGACCUGAUGCCCCCUGAGGCAGAGGUGCGCUCCUUUACACGCUGUGUGGUGGAACUGCUGGAGGUGUGGGGCUGGGCCAGCGUGCGGGCAUUGGAUGUGCUGCCUCCACUAAGGGUGCUGCCCAACCCGGGGCUGCGGGAGCUGCUGCGCCUGGUGGAGCGCCGCGACGCCUUCGUGGAGACCCAGAUCCGAUGGCACCAGGGCUGCGCAUCCCCCCCCGGGGACACAGUGCUGGGGGCACUGCUGGGGGGGGACCCCACUGUCCCUAUGGGGCCACUGGGGGGGGACCGCCUGCACAUGGCCCUUGUGGACCUCUUCAUCGGUGGCACCGAAACGACAGCGGCAGCUCUGCUGUGGGCUGUGGCCUUCCUGCUGCACCACCCCCAGGUGCAGGACCGGGUGCGUGCAGAGCUGCACCAGGUGCUGGGCCCCACGGGGACCCCAAAGCCAGGGGACAUGGGACGACUGCCACUGCUCCGUGCUACCGUCACCGAGACCCUUCGCCUGCGUCCCCCUGCGCCUCUCGCGCUGCCCCACUGCGCCCGGCGCCACUCCAGCAUUGCAGGAAUUCCAGUGCCCGCGGGAUCCAUCAUUAUCCCAAACCUCUUCGCUGCGCACCACGACCCCAAGAUAUGGGACCGUCCUGAUGAGUUCCUACCCGAGCGGUUCCUGCAACCAGGGGCCCCCUGGCGAGCGCUGCUGCCCUUUGGUUGUGGGGCACGCUCGUGUGUGGGGGAGGCAUUGGCUCGGGCAGAGCUCUUUGUGUUUUUGGGGUACAUCCUACAGCGAUUCCGCCUGGAGCCGCCUUCUGAUGGGGCUCUGCCCCACUUGGGGGUCACCGCCGGCACCGUGCUGCGCUGCGCCCCGUUCCGUGUGCGCCUCGUGCCCUGCCCACCCCAUAGCUCCUGAGCCCAGUGUGUGGGAUGCGUGGGUCAGUGCUGGUUACUCGCAGCUUUAUUGACCCCAUAAAGGCUUCACUGCGCCCCACAA